UGUGCGUGAGGCAGUGUCACACGUCUCGUUCUCCCGACGGUAGUGCCCAGAUAUCGCGUUUCUCUCCCGAGGAUCUCGAGGAAAUCGCUUCUUUAGGACCGCAGGAUUGUUACUUGUGUGAGUGAAUUGGGGUGCGCGACGAGCGUCUUGCGACAAUAAACAAAUUCAUUCAAAAGGUGCGAACGACUCCCGCGAAGAUUUCUUUCUCCUCCCUUCGUGCAUCGGGGAUUAAUUGACGCAUGGAGUGCGAAUGGAAUUAUCUGAUAGCUCGAACUCCGAGUCGUUCUCGUCUUUCAUAUGCCGCAACGUGCCUACAGAUUGAGGAAUCGACCGGCGAAAAUCAGUGUCAGAUCCAACCGUAACUACGUGUCCGGGAAGGAAGAAUACACGCGACGCUACCAACUUUCCAAAUUGAUUUCUACGAACUGUCGUAUCGCUCGUACACGUGGGACACGUGCUGGACGUCGCGACUUGCGCAUCGAGAAAAGCAGGUGUCGAGUUCUGGAGUAGCGCGCGUGCGAUCAUCAGGCUUUUGCGCGCGCAGUCGCUUUCUCCUGUCCGAUGAAAAUUUGUAGGCACGAGUCGUGUAAUUAGACGCGAUUAGUCUUGCACGAGGACCGACGAACAACGAAGCGAGUGAGUUGCAGGACGAAGAAAAAAAAAGAGGCGUGAGAGAAAAGGACCGUAUCACGGCGAUCGUGGUUGGAGUAUUCUCGAGAGCGAAAGGUACCUGUCGCGUCGCGAGAGCGGUACGCGAAGAAGCUUACGCGAGUCUCCUCUUUGAAUGUCGCUUAUGCACGGGAAAAGUGAGGAUUCGAGGAUCUUCACGGACGAGAAACGGCGGAGAAAAACGCACGCGAGUCUACCAUUCAUUCACCAAGUGUUGACGAGUGUUUAGUGCUCCACGGAAAGGAGAAAGGAUCGUUCCUCCCCGCGGAGGACACAGGCCAGUGGAUAUUCGGUGUUGGUGCGCGGACCGGAAAAAUCUGAGUGCAGUGUGCCGAUAAGAGAUCGAUAAUAUUCGGUGAGAGUGGUGAGAAAAAGGAAGAGAGAGGAAGAGAGAGAGAGAAAGAGCGAAGGAUACGUACAAACGGCGCGACGGGAAGACAGUGGAGGAUUCAUCGAAAGCGCGGAGGAGUGCUCGAGGGAGCGGCCGAGGAGUAGCAGCAGGGGAUAUCGAUGAUAUGCGGUAGUCGAGGGAUUCCCCAGGGAGAGACAUGAGGGCGGCCGCCACCUACGUCCUGUUCCUUGCCCAUCUCAUACAGGCAACAACCGCGAGUGGAUACUUCGAGGUGCAGAUCCUCUCGCUGACGAACAACAGGGGCACCCUGGUGGACGGUAGAUGUUGCGGCGGGGGAGGCGGGGGCGGAAAAACAGAAUUCCCGCCCUGCACGACGCCCUGCUCGACAGCCUUCUGGCUCUGCCUCAAGGAGUACCAGUCGAACGUCACCGCCAUCGGCUCCUGUAGCUUCGGCAACGUAUCUAGUCACGCCCUCGGCCCGAACACUUUCACCCUCACCGACCCCGUCACUCUGCAACUCCACUUUACUUUCCGAUGGACGAGGCAAUUCACGUUGAUCUUGCAAGCGAGGGACGAGGUGAGCGCCGGCGUGAUCGAGGAAGCGAGUUACAGCGGCAUCGUCCUGCCAGGACCCACGUGGCACACACUCAAUCAUCAAGGAAGAAACGCUCACUUGGCGUAUCGGGUGCGGGUCCAGUGCGCCGAUCACUAUUACAAUGCGACCUGUACCAAAUUCUGCCGACCUAGAAACGACAUUUUCGGCCAUUACACCUGCGAUGAGAACGGGGACAAAGUGUGUAUACAAGGAUGGAAAGGCGUCGACUGCGAGACAGCCGUAUGCAAGGAGGGCUGUCAUCCCGUGCACGGCCACUGCAACGUCAGCGGCGAGUGCCAGUGUCGGCACGGCUGGCGCGGCGAAUUGUGCGACCAGUGCAUGCCUUAUCCCGGCUGCAAGCACGGCUACUGCAACGGAUCGAGCUGGCAGUGCAUCUGCGACACGAACUGGGGCGGGAUACUGUGCGACCAGGACCUCAACUACUGCGGUACCCACGAGCCGUGCCAGAACGGCGGCACGUGCGAGAACACCGCGCCCGAUCAGUACCGGUGCACGUGUCCGGAGGGCUUCUCCGGGCCCACCUGCGAGAAGGUCGACAAUCCGUGCGCGUCCAGCCCGUGUCUGAACGGGGCGAUCUGCCGCGAGCUCGGCGAGACCGCGCAGUGCGAGUGCGCCCCGGGCUUCGCCGGGCCGUUUUGCGCGACCGACAUCGACGAGUGUGCCUCGCAGCCGUGCCAGAACGGCGGUACCUGCGUGGACGGCAGGAACGGCUUCGUCUGCAACUGCCCGCCCGCCUGGCAGGGCGUGCUCUGCCAGUUCGACGUGGACGAGUGCACGCUCAAGGAGUCGCCCUGCAAGAACUUCCUUACCUGUAUCAACCUGGCCGGCGAUUACAGGUGCCGAUGCCGGAGCGGGUUCACCGGCAAGAACUGCACGAAGAAUAUCAACGACUGCGUCGGCCAGUGCCAGCACGGCGCGCUCUGCAUCGAUCUGGUGGACGAUUACCAUUGCAGCUGCACUCCCGGCUACUCCGGCAAGGACUGCGACGUUGACAUCGACGAGUGCGCGUCCAAGCCGUGCCAGAACGGCGGCGAAUGCCGCGACCUGGUGAACGCUUACGAGUGCGUAUGCCCGGUGGGCUUCACCGGCUACCAGUGCGAGAUCGAUCGCGAUCAUUGCAGCCCAAAUCCAUGCCGCAAUUCGGCGCCGUGUUUCAACACGCAGACCGACUACUAUUGCCACUGCCCGGCACAGUGGCAGGGUAGAAACUGCUCGGAGUCGGUUUCGCAUAAUCCGCAAUUCGGCGCGUUGGACGACGGGCAGUCGGGCUGCGGCAGCGAGGGCACCCCGUGCGGCGGUAAGGGUCGCUGUAGCGGCGGCAGAUGCAUCUGCGACCCGGGCUACACCGGCGUCCACUGCCACGAGAACAUCAACGACUGUCGCGGCAAUCCCUGCCUGAACGGCGGCACAUGCGUCGACCUGCUUAACUCGUUCCAGUGCAUCUGCAGGGAGGGCUGGAGCGGGGAUCUUUGUGACCAAAAUGUGGACGAAUGCUUGACACAGCCUUGCCGCAACAAUGGUACCUGCAUGGACGGCGUGGCAGAUUUCACGUGUAUCUGCCAGGGUGACUGGAAGGGCAAGACCUGUGCGCUGCGCCGCGGUCACUGCGAGCCGGGCACUUGUCGGAACGGCGGUACCUGCCAGGAUCGUGGCGACGGUUUCACGUGUCACUGUCCACGCGGAUGGGAGGGUGCAGCCUGUCACAUCGCGUCGCCGUCGGCGUGCACGAGUAAUCCCUGCGCGAACGGCGCGACCUGCGUGAACACGGUCGACGGUAGCUACCGAUGCGUCUGUCGCGAGGGCUUUGAAGGGCCGAAUUGUCGGCGCAACGUGGACGACUGCCAGCCAGUGCCGUGCCUGAACGGCGGCAAAUGCGUGGACGGUGACAACUGGUUCAGAUGCGAAUGCGCGCCCGGCUUCACCGGGCCGGAUUGCCGCAUCAACGUGAACGAAUGCGCGAGCGAUCCGUGUACCGGCGGUGCUACCUGCGUGGACGGCAUCGCGAGCUACUCGUGCAUCUGUCCGCCCGGUAGAACCGGUCCGCGAUGCGAGAUCCGAACGGCCGGUGGGCCCGGCUGCGCGGCCGCCUCGUGGGAGGAUGACUGCAACGUAUGCGAAUGCCGGAAUGGCAAGAAUCAGUGCAGCAAUGUCUGGUGCGGACCGGGCAACUGCCUGAACGGCACCUCUUGCUUGGCCCACGAGGUCUGCGUUCCUAGUCCAGGCGAGAGUUGCCUGGCGCCGCCGUGUCCGGCGUGGGGCGAGUGCCGUCCCAUCGAAACUGGGAGGCGAGUCGGCCCGCCCGCGCUACCAGCUCCGCCGUCCUGCUGGCCCGGACAAUCCAUUCUCGGGCCAACUUGCUCGAGACUUACGAUACUACUGCGGAGGGACACCUUGGCGUCCGGCACGUCGGUGGAACUACUAUGCCGUCGUCUGAGGAAGCUCCUGGCCGAUCCACGAAGGCCACAGUCGGUGGUGCUGCUGUGCGAUCUGAAGCCCGGUGACAACGACACGGUGGAAGUGACCAUCUUCUCCGAAGCGGCGGCGGACGCGGCCCGCGAUCUCGGCGAAACCCUCAGUCGCCCGCUAGCCAGGCCUCUCGUUUUGGCCUCCGUGCUGGAGGUCAAAGUAGAGACGGCGUUGCUCAGCGAGCCCAGUUCGGCGAGUGCGGCUAAUGCCGGCGGCUACGUAGCUGUUUUGGGCGGCGCUCUGGCGACCGUGCUGUUGUUGGCACUAUUUGGUAGCCUCUGGUACCUCAAAACUAUGAGGCACAGAUCGAACCUGACGGCGACUACCAGCAGCGAGACCUCGUUGCACCGCCAUCGUAGCGAUCUGGACGAAAAAUCCAACAAUCUCCAGAACGAGGAGAAUCUGAGGAGAUACGCCAAUCCACUGAAGGACCAGGAUUCCGAGCCUCGUGUCUCCGUCGUAAGGCCUUUGUCGGGCACUUCGCUCGGCACGUUGACCGGCACCGAGGAGAGUCUUGAAAUGGUAUCUGAGGAAGGUAGACAUCGUUUACCACCGCUCUACAAACCGCCCAGCGCGGAAGCCAGGAACAAUACGGCCAGUUUUAGCUACGAGGAAGGACCGCACAAACCUUAUAGCAAGCCCAGACUGCAGGAACCGCAUCCGUACCCUCAUCAGCAGCCAGGUACCAGUCAGAGCCUGACGUCGGGGCCGCAUCAAGUGCUAACGGUACACGUGUGAUUAAAUAUCAUUAAAAUAAUAUGAAAAACAAUUGGACAGAAGUGUCGGUGAUUUUCUUGACUUUUCUUGCGUAUGCGAUGCACUAAUAAAAAUUCUUAGGAACUAGAAGGUAAUGCUAGAGACUGAAUGCUUACUUGGACGAUCUGUUUUUUGUGAUAAUGGGAAAUGUGUCGAAAUCGACUCUCGAUUUCGAGAUAACUUGAGACGGCUCUCUCCUGAGGUUCUUCUUUUAUGAAAGUAGAACCAGAAUGUAUUAGGGACAAAUGCAGAGAAAAAAGAAGAGAGAGAACGCAUUCUUAUUGGGCUCAGCAAUACGAUUAUGUUAUAAGAUAACGCAUAAAUUUUUAAUGCCUUUCCGAAGCGCAUCUUUUUAGGAUCGCUUCAUUCAUAGUAUUAUUAGAAUAUGGCUAUAAAAAUUCUCAAUUUCUGAAUAAUUGUACAACAAUAUUAACACGAUUUUCAGAUAGCAAAUUUAGAAAACGAUUAAAAAUUUAUAUUCUCUCUUUUUCUCCUUGUCCGGCCCUCUCGCGCUUCUCUAUACGACGACAAUAAGCGAUUGACAAUUAUAAAUAAUUUUAAUGAUAAUGAUCAGUUGUUAUCGUUGUACAUAUGUACAUAGCUCGUACUUAUUAAUUUCGCUAAGCCUGUCUCUCCUUCGCAUCCUCUUCGGCGUUGCCAUUCCUCCCCCUUUGUACGCGCCUUGAUUUUAUAUGUUUAUAUUUAAUCUUGUACUCUUUUGAUAUUAUCAUGUAUCGUCGUUAGUAUUUUUUAUUUUCAUAAUUUGAAAAAUAGAAUGGCACCGUCGCACCUACGAGAUGUAUUGUACAUUCGUCAUGUAUAAUUGUCGAAGCGAAGCUGCGUUUCAUUCAAGAUCAAGAAGAUACAUAAACGUAAAGUAUAAAUAAAUUUGACGAAAAAUACGAGAGUUUCUAUAGGUAUCAUUUGGGACUUAUUUGCGACUGAUACAUCGCGCAGACAAUCGCUCGAUUAUAGUACGUGAAAGUGUGCUUUGUAUGAUAUAACGUGGGCUUCAAACGUUCCUUCAGACGAUAUUAUUGUGAUACUCAUAGAGGAAACAACGUCAUUGUAUAGCAUUACUAUGAUACUCCGCGUGUUCAUUUUACUUCAACACUUGCUCGAGUUUAUUUUUCUUUUCGCGAAGACACGACACGUGAUUUUUACGCGAAUGAGAGAUACUGCCAUUGCGAGAGGAUGUGCUAUACACGAUACGCUAAAUCGCGACGGCACAUUUGACUUGUAAAGAACAUAUAUUAGCGGCAUAAGUGUAAUACAAUUUUAGAACGUACUCGAACGCAGAGUAAAAACGAACGAUGUACAUAGUGACGCUAUUGCAUCGUGGAACGAUGUAAAUAAAUCUAAAUACACAUGUCCAGAUCGUUCUCAUCCCCAGUCAUUAUUGACCCUCCGCCCUUAGAUGUGCAAUUCGUUUUCUUUUUUUUUUUUAUACUAGCGUUUCCCAUAUGCCCCAGCGAAGUGUCCACAACAGACUAGUUUAAAGUUAAGAAGCGUAGCUCGUUUUAGGAGUACAUAGAUUUACAGCAGGAAGGAACAAAGUUUUAUAAUAGAUACUUUAUUUUGUAGAGAAAUAUAUUAUUGUACGAAUACAUAUAGAUGAGAGUGAG